UUAAAAGUUGCUGCAACUUAACAAAAUGCUAAAUGCUUUUAUUAACUUCUAGAAAGCUCUGAAGAGCGGCUUUCUUCCCCGGCUGAAAAGCACUCCGACGAGUGGCCUGGCUUUGUUCCCUCCGGGGAGGUACAGGCUGGUAAUUGCAGAGCAGAAAUUCCUCUCCAAAGUGUGCGGGGACGAAAGAAUAGAAAAAUAAGGGGGGGGGGGCGACGGACCCACCUUGGGGAAGGUGAAGGAGCCGCUCCGCGUUUUGGAGGUAGGAGUGGUUCUUCUCCCCCUUCUCUGCCUCCAACCCACUUCAUCCCGCUCCCGCAGGCGAGAAACAAAACAGGCACCCGCGCCCAGGGCUCGCUCGCUGGGCGGUUUAAUUGCAGCAGGAGGAGCGUGAAGGGGAGAUUUAAGCAGCAGAGCUUUGGCUCUUUGUUGCAGGAUGAGGACUAUGCCGCGUUUUAGCGGUUAAAGCUCCCCAGUCGGGCUGUAAGUGCUGGCACCAGAGCAGAGGCUGCACCUGCAGGCGGCUGCCCGUGAUGGGAAUCUCCCGGUUUGUCCCUGGCGCGGGCAGAGAGGUACCACCAUUCCCCCGCCGGUCCAUGUCCCCUGGUUAAGGAGGGGGUGAUGGUGCUGCCCCGGCCCCAGCGAGGCCUGGGGUUGGCAGAGGUGGUGUCGCUCACCCAGCAAUGCAUCCUGGAGGCUUUGCUAGAGGGAAACGCAUCUUCCGAAGAUGUUGCUAUCAACUGCACUGCGCUGCUGCUGGCAAAAAUGGGAUGCGAAACUCCCCGAGCUAUGCUGAAGCUGGAGGAACAAGGAGAAAGUCACCCGUGCUAACGGGGGCCAGCAAACCAGGGCUCUGCACACCUUUUUGAGAGCUGCAGGAACAUGGACCAGUCCCCAAAAGGAUGAUUCUAUUUUUUUUCCCCCAUCCCUUUUAGCUUGGGGUCUGGAGUGUCUUCCUCUGAUUUUACUGCCUCAAUGGUAUGAAGCCAGACUGCUUCUCCAGAGUAAAUAUUAUCUCAGCUGCCUUUUUGUCAUCCUCAGUGGCGAUGGGGUUCCCCUGCCCGAUGUCCACCAGAGCAAGAGCCACCCGUGGGCUUCUCUCAAGGAAUGAAGUGAAGGGCCGGGUGCUGCUGGGUGCUUGCGAGAGAAGCCGCGGCAGCACAGCCCAGACACCGUCGGUGAAAACCCAGCGUGGGUGUUUACUGGCCCGGCGCAGCAUGUCCCAAACUCCGUUGCCGAUCCCCCUUCGCUGCUACUAACGGGGAGCGACCCCCCUCUCCGCCGUUCGCCCAGCACCAUGGUGGGGCAAAGCCCUGAGAGCAGGAGCGCCGUCCUCCUGGAGCCCUUCGUCCAUCAGGUGGGCGGCCACAUGAGCAUGAUGAAGUACGACGAGCACACGGUCUGCAAGCCCCUGGUCUCGCAGGAGCUGAGCUUCUACGAGUCGCUGCCCUUGGCCAUGAGGCAGUUCACGCCCCAGUAUAAAGGCAUCGUUUCCGUGCACCUCAAAAAGGACAGCCUCGGCAACCCGACGCUGGUCGCCAGCCCCAGCCUGCAGACGGAGAGCUGCGGCCGGCUGGAUAACGCCAUCGGCGACUCCUCGGUGACGAUAUGGCACAAGUGCAAGUGGGCUGCCAGCACCGGCACCGGCAGCGAGCACACGCUCGUCAAGUGGAGUCACACGCAGCUCACCAAGACCUUCAAAGACAGCUGCCUGGGGAAGAUGCUCCUGAGGACAGACCUUCAGUACCACACAGAUUCACUUUUGGAAGAUGCGAACAGGAACCAGCCAGAAAGAAACAGCUACAACCCCUGGGGACUGCACUGUCACAGGCAACACCUGAACCGCAUGUCGUCCAAGCAUAAUGAGAACAAACUUCAUCAGUUUCUAUUGCUUGAAAACGUGGUAUCAAAAUACAACUAUCCCUGUAUCCUGGACUUAAAGAUGGGAACCCGGCAGCAUGGCGAUGAUGCCUCGGAGGAGAAGAAAGCCCGGCACAUCAAGAAGUGUGAACAAAGCACCUCUGCAUCUCUGGGCGUUCGCAUCUGUGGGAUGCAGGUUUACCAAGCGGACACCGGCCAUUUUCUCUGCAAGGAUAAGUAUUACGGCAGGAAACUCUCACCGGAGGGGUUCAGGCAAACCUUGCGCCAGUUCCUGUGCAACGGUAACCACCUCCGAACGGACCUCCUGGAGCCCAUCAUCCUGCGGCUAAAAGCUCUGCUUUCUGUCAUCAGGAAGCAAAGCUCUUACAGGUUCUACUCCAGCUCACUACUCAUCAUUUACGAUGGACAGGAGCACAAGGAGAACACGGCACCCUUGGAUAAUCACCUUCACUUCCAAAAACCAAACUGCACCACGUCACAUGGCACUCAUCACGCCAGAGUUGACGUCCGGAUGAUAGACUUUGCCCACACCACGUUUAAAGGCUCCAAAUGCAAUCAUACCACUUACGACGGGCCAGACCACGGCUAUAUUUUUGGCCUGGAGAAUCUCAUCAAAAUCCUUCAGAACAUCUCAGAAGGAAAAUGAGAAAUUCUGUGAAACGGCCUGGACUUACUAAUGACCGAUAGCCCUGAGAAGUACCGCACCGGGUCAGUACGGGACCCUCACAGCUGCUGGGUGUCACGUGCACGGUUUGGAACAAGCACGGACAGCUUGCUAGGAAAGCGCAAAAAAAUGCUACAUGCCAUUACUGAACUCAAGCGUAAAAAGCAAAGAGCUGAAAGAAUUCUGCAGAAAGCUGUUCCGUCUGCAAUCAAUCAGAAGAUUUAUUCUCCUUUCUUGUUUUACUGCUGUCCUUGAUUUAUUUGUGAGCCAAAAGAAAGCAUUACUUGAAAGAGUCUUAAUGAUAAAAUAGGACCUGCUCACCUCUACGCUCACGAAGCCAAGCGGGCUAAGGAGAUAUUGUGCAUUUGAGUGAGACUAUUAAAAUGAGCUGGCAGGUCUGAACAGAUUGCAGCAUUACUUUCAACUCAUGCUCAACCCUACGAGCUGAACGCAAAGACACAAGCGGGAGAGAAAAACGCGCACCCUGACAUUCACGCUCCAUGUGCCCAGCGCUGUGAAACGGUCGGGUGUUCUCUGUACAGCGCGGGUGUUGAAAAACAAGAUGCUGCAGAGGGUCUGGGCUGCUUAAGGUAUAAAAGCAGGGGGACCUCAGACCAAGAACUGGACCUUGCAAAGGUUCAGCGUCCCUGUGGGAUUUUAACAGGGCAUGUUUCUCAGAAACUUUCUAAGCAAGGGGCUCCGUAGGGGCUGCAAGUAUGGGAAAGCAAUGACUCUGUCAGAUAUCAGCCAUAAAAAAACAUUCACAUCAAGGUGUUUUUGCUUAAAAGAAUUUAAAAAAGUAAAAAAAAAAAAAAAAGUGAGAUUGAGUCAGGGACUAGACAUUACAGGUCACCCAGAAAUUCUUUGACACAAAUAUUGUGUGUGUGUGUUUGGAAGAGACAAUAACAAGAGACUCAAAAUAAUGUUUACAGCUUUUGUGGACAGAUUUUAUUAUUAUGGAACAAACAUAAUUCCUUCCUGCAUGGUGUGGGAAACCUGAAAGAGAAGUCCUUACACAAGGAACAGAGCUACGGAACCCCGUUACUGGGGAGUGGGGAUACAAAUAAAACCGUCUAAGUAACUCUCA